CAAAAAGACAACCCACAAACACCAUUUCUGAGGCUCCUCUCUCUCUUUCUCUCUCAAACCUCGUUUUCUCACACAGAAGGGGAAGAGAAGGAAGGGAAGAAGAGAAGGAGAAGAUGAGGAUACGAAACAGAUCGACCCAUCUCUCGCUCCUGCUCUUCCCCCAUUUCUCAAGGGAAGGAGGAGAGAGAUUGGUGCAACCGAAGGAGGAAGGGGCGGCCCAGACGGAGGCUUCACGGCAAGAGCAGAAGGAGGAAGCCGCCAGCGGUGCAGCCUUACACCCCCGGCCACCCAGUUCUCACCCACCCACCUCCGGAUCACUCCCUCUCCUGCAGAAAGCUGCCGGAGAAACCGCAAGGGACUCCCACACCGCCUUGCUCAAGCCUCACACACAGGAAGCCGCACGGCUGGAGAAAAGAGAGGGUGCAAGGGAUGAGAGAAAUUGGUCAAGUGUGGAGGCUACCGAGAAGGAUUAUUCACAAGAUGGAAGAUGGCAUGAGGAGAAGAGCGCGUUCCCUUUGAAGAAGAGGAAGAAUCUCGAGUGGGCAUUCGACGGCGGUGAGGAUGACGGCGAUAAUGGUGCUGAAGAUGAGAGCGACGAUGAUGAGUGUAAGCAGAAGAGGAAGAAAGCCAAGGCGGUGGAGAAGAAAUGGAGGUGCACUCGGAUGAACGGUAGAGGAUGGAGGUGCAGCAAGCCAACACUUGUGGGAUACUCCCUCUGCGAGCACCAUCUCGGCAAGGGGAGGAGGAUAAAGACGAUCAACACACUUGCACCACAGAAACAGCAAGACGAUAAUCCUGAAGCUGCAAACGGGAGCAAGAAGAACAAGAAGAAAGAGAAGGAGAUCGUUAAGGCUCGAUCCAUGAACAGCCUUCUUCUAGAUCAGGCUUCUCCUAGUGCCUAAAUGGAAAGCCCCUAUCCGCAUCCCCUCCUCUUCUGGUUUCUUUCUCCUGUUUUCCUUUUGUGGGAAUCUUUAGAAUUAGUUGCAGUCAUGCAGAGGGUGCAGGUCUUUCUUCUAGUGGGUGCUCUAUAGCAGAAAGUAGACGCGAGUUCCUCUCUAGCCUUUCCCCUCCCUCUUUCUUCGCUUGUGAAAUGGAUGCAUGGAUGAAAAUGAAGUUGGUUUUUUUUUUUUUUUUUUU